AUGGCAUGGCACUGUUGGCCGGCACUGCCAGCCAUGGAGAGAACCACGGUGCUGAUCACAGGCUGCUCCUCAGGCAUCGGCCUGGGGCUGGCUGCACGCCUGGCAGCCGAUGCUGCUCACCGGUUCAAAGUUUAUGCCACCAUGCGUGACCUAGCCAAGGGUGAGCGGCUGCUGGAGCACCUGGGCGGCUGCUGCCCUGACACGCUGGAGGUCCUGCAGCUUGAUGUCACUGACCCAUGCUCGCUGGCAGCUGCUGCACAGCGGGUGCAGGGACAGCCGCUGGAUGUGCUGGUCUGCAAUGCAGGGGUGGGACUGAUGGGACCGCUGGAGACCUGCUCUGACCAAGCCAUGAAAACUCUCUUCGAUGUGAACCUCUUUGGGGCUGUCCGCACCAUCCAGGCAUUCCUGCCUGCCAUGAAGAGCCGCAGGGCCGGGCGGAUCAUUGUCUCCAGCAGCAUUGGGGGGCUGCAAGGGCUGCCCUUCAAUGCUGUGUACUGUGCCAGCAAGUUUGCAGUGGAGGGGCUGUGUGAGAGUCUGGCCAUCGUCCUGCGCCCCUUCAACAUCCACCUGACGCUGGUGGAGUGCGGGCCCGUCCACACCAGCUUCCUGGCCAACCUGCAGCGCCCCGACCCUGAGGGCAGCGAGAUGCGGGGCCUGGACGCCGAGACACAGGGGCUAUACCGCCGGUACCUGGGGCACUGUCAGAGCAUCUUCCGCGACGCGGCCCAGGAGGUGGAGGAGGUCCUGCCGGUUUUCCUGGACGCCAUCGGCAGUCCCUGCCCACCCCUUCGCUGCGCCAGCACCCAGCUCCUGGCCCCGCUCUGGCGCCUGCGGCUGAGCAGCCCCGACGGCUCCGCGUACGUCCGCGCCAUGCACGACUUCGUGUUCGGCGGCAGCGAGGCAGGCGGGGACCAGCCCUGAGCGGAGCCACCACAACACCGGAGCCGCUGCCAUGCGAACCCCCAGUCGGGACCCGGGCUCGGUGGCGUGCUCGGUGGCGCCGUGUCCCCAAUAAAGCCCUCUGCAGCCGCACGGUUCCGGUUCCGUCCCCGUC